AUGAUGACAACCGCAAUUGAAACCACAUUUGUCACUCGCCAGGUGGCGUCCACAUCAGUCACAACAUUAAUAAGAAAGUCGUCGAAAUCAAAUCGAACAAACCCAUCAUCGGCAACAACAACUACAACGACAAUCCAGGCGUGCAGGACUCCUACAGAGACACGGGAUAGACCGCAAAGUUUGUGCAYAAGAGGCACACCAACAACAACAACAAGAACAUCAAAGCGUUAUUAUCACAAUCGCACAUCGUCGCCAGUAACCACGUGCACCACUGGACGCCGCAUGCGGCGACUACUCAAUGCACACUUGGUCAUUACAGCAACAACACUGCAGCAAUGUGCAGCCGUACGAUGGCAACUGUUGGUUGCCUUUCUCAUUUGCAACUGCAUUGAUAUUUCCAUUUCCAACCAAAUCUCGACAGUGGGCGCAUUCGAGCCGGAUUUCGUCUUCCCGCUGGAAAAUGUCACCGUAGCGCAGGGGCGCGAUGCGACCUUCACGUGUGUGGUGAAUAAUCUUGGCGGUCACAGGGUGAGUGGCGACUCCGCAAAUGCCAGGGUCGCUUGGAUUAAGGCCGAUGCGAAGGCGAUUCUGGCCAUACACGAGCACGUGAUAACGAACAAUGAUCGAUUGUCAGUCACACAUAAUGACUUCAAUACGUGGACGUUGGUCAUAAGGAAUGUGAGAAUGGAUGAUUCCGGCAAGUACAUGUGUCAAGUGAAUACGGAUCCCAUGAAAAUGCAAACAGCCACGCUGGAAGUGGUGAUACCACCAGAUAUUGUCAAUGAGGAGACAUCCGGUGACAUGAUGGUGCCCGAAGGUGGCUCAGCGAAGUUGGUGUGUCGAGCGCGUGGUCAUCCGAAGCCUAAAAUCACUUGGCGGCGAGAGGAUGGACGAGAGAUCAUCGCACGCAAUGGCGCACAUCAGAAGACCAAAGCUUUGGCCGUUGAAGGCGAAAUGCUGGCGCUGACCAAGGUGACACGUAGCGAAAUGGGCGCCUACAUGUGCAUCGCCUCGAAUGGUGUGCCGCCGUCAGUGAGCAAACGCAUGAAACUACAAGUGCAUUUUCACCCCUUGGUACAAGUUCCCAAUCAACUGGUCGGUGCCCCCGUUUUAACCGAUGUCACAUUGGUCUGUAAUGUGGAAGCAUCACCGAAAGCAAUCAACUAUUGGCAAAGAGAAAAUGGUGAAAUGAUUAUCGCCGGCGAUCGGUAUGUGCUCACUGAGAAGGAAAAUAAUAUGUAUUCAAUAGAGAUGAUUUUGCAUAUAAGACGCUUGCAAACCAGUGAUUUCGGCGGCUACAAAUGCAUUUCGAAGAAUAGUAUUGGCGACACGGAAGGAACGAUACGAUUAUACGAAAUGGAAAGACCUGGCAAGAAAAAUCAAAGAGAAGACGAUAAUGAAGUCACGAAAAAUGACGCGUCACUGAAAGAUAAUCGUCACGAGGAUGGUUCGCGUAAUCAAAAUGGACGCCUCUACAAGGAGCGCGGCAGCGAUGCGGAGCUGCAAAGUGGCGGCCAAACGCUCAGUCGGCGAUGGAGUACACAGUAUUUGCUGGCACUAACUCUAUUCGUGUCACUAGCAACAAGUGCAACGACAACAACAAUAACUACUAAAGCAGUUACAAUGUUAAAUGUGAUGAUGUUGAUGGCCGUGCUGGACGUCGUUCGUCAUCAACGCAUCCUCGGCCCUAUUCGUAUAAUUUGA